AUGCUUUACACUUCUCAACCCGACACGAUCUGGAUCCCCACCACCGCCGUCGACCCCCUGGGCUUCGGCAAAGUAGCCAUCGUGACCGGCUGCGCGUCCGGCAUCGGUCUGGCCGUCACCCAGCUGCUGCUUGCCCACCAGUUCCAAGUCUUUGGCCUUGACAAGACCCAGUUUGAUUACAACCUUCUGCGGGAGGCCGACCAUGGGCGGUUUCAUUUCCACAGGUGUGAUCUAACGGAGAGCGGGGCGCCGGAGGAGAGUGUUAGGAUUUGUAGGGCUACUUUUGGAGAGCGCAUCGACGUCCUCGUCAACGUCGCCGGCGUGAUGGAUAACUUCAGCUCGGCGGACUGCGUGAGUGACGAGAUCUGGGAGCGGGUGUUGGCCGUCAACCUGACUGCGCCGGUCAAGAUGAUGCGGGCCGUGCUGCCCUGGAUGAAGGAACGUCGAGAGGGUGUCAUUAUCAACGUUGCUUCGACGGCAGCGACGAGUGGUGCUGUGGCCGGUGUGGCGUAUACGGCUAGUAAGCAUGGUUUGGUUGGUGCUACAAAAAAUGUUGCCUGGCGUUUCCGCAACGAAGGCAUCCGCUGCAACGCCGUGCUGCCGGGAGCCAUUGACUCGGGUAUUGGCAAUGCGAUUGCGUCAGGACAUAAUGAUAUGUGGGAUUCGGAGGCGUAUAAGCAGGUUGAGCCAUUCCACGCCCUCCAAACCCGCCCCUCCGAUUCAGCGCCGCCCAUCACACCCCUCGAGGUCGCCCGGACGAUUGUCUUUCUUGUAAGCGACCAGGCUAGGACAAUCAGCGGCGCCUUGUUGCCUGUUGACAAGGCUUGGGGUGUUGUUUAA